UUACACAUACCAAGAGGUAGUAGGCACACGAAUCGCAACAGCCGGCCGCCUGGCGCAGCCUCGCAUGCGGGCUUGGCUACGCGCCGAGCUGCUCCGCUGCCACGUCGCGGGAGGGGAUCAACAUGCUAACGCCCCCCGACUUGUUAUAGGGCAAACAGCGGCUUCCGAUCAGAACACACGCCCGUCCCUGUCGGAUUGCUUCGAGCUUGAGCAUUGUAUCUGUUCUUGCUGACAUCGGCCGUCAGCGAGUUGAGGCUUCGUGGGGAAGAUGAAGAGGCUGCUUGCUCAUGGGCAGUUCGUCGGCUACCCCUCUCGGAGUUUUUCGGGGAAGCCCCCUGCUUUACCUGCACUUUGCAACAGUGUUCUCCCCAGCCACAAGUUCUAUUCAACCGAGAAGCAUGAUGAGACACUGAGUGAAAUUGGAGAAAAGGCACGAUCGACAGCAGAAGAGUUCCUGAGGGUGGCCAAGGACAAGACUGACGAGGUCAGCGAGAGCGCAAAGGAAGCAUUGCACGAGACGAAGGAAGCGGUGGUCGGGGAGUCAGAGGAAGACAAGGAGACCUUCAAAAGGAGGGUCGAGGAAGGGAAGUACCAUCAGAAAUAAGCGGCAAGUGUUCUCUUGGCUGUUGUAUGCAGCCAUGGCUUGUUAGAGUCAUAGCCCCUGUAGAUUAUGAAACUGCUAGUCUUUGCAUCUAGAUACCUUAUGUGUUUUCCACUUUUCCCCGUCAAUAAGGUGACCUUUAGUGCUACACAUGAUUGAAUCUCCAGUACUACGCAUAUUAUCUCCUGUAGAAUAAAUAAGAUUUGCUUUUGUGCUGUAACGAUCUCUGGUGCUACUACAUGUCAUUUCCCACUGAAUAAGUUACUUUGGCCUUUUGAAAA